GUUUGUACAAAAGUACUCCAAGCAAAUUUUACUUUUUGGAAAGGCCCAAAAGCAAAUAUCUUGUGACGUUAUUAAUGUACAUGGCGUCCUCAAUUCUCCAGAGUCCAGCAAAAACAGCAGUAGCACUUGUUCCAACACGUCAGAGCUUAGACUCUCGGAAGAUGAAAUUUCCAUCUCAAAUCCCUCACACAUUUCUAAGAGUACUAAUGGCAUAGAGCCAAACAAGGAAGAAUUCUUAGUGCUCCCAAAUGAAAUCAAUUUUUCUUUAUCAAAUAAUGAGAAGCAAGCAAAUGAAACUCUCCAGUUUAACGACCCAAUGCUCGCUUAUCAAAACAGGAAAAAGAUUGCGAAGAGGAAUAAAACAAAGACGCCAAAGUCUUCGAAAGCGCACAUUCUUGGUUCAUUAGCUAAGUUAAAGAUCAAAGAUAGAGCUGUUUUGACCGGCGUUUUGUCUAAGUAUGGAGAAGUUGCUUCAGCUGCAUCGAAGGAAAUCUGAUAAAUUCAUACUGUGCUAUAGCAGAUGGUUGAUAUAAUGCUGCUCUUCCGAUCUUUUUUUUAAACAUUAAACUGUUGGGAUAGGUUUUGCAGAGAUGCACAGAUCUUUUAGCAACAAAGAAAAUUAAUUAUGGGAUGUUCCUGCUUU